AUGCCAAGUGCGCUGACUAACAAAGAGCUCAAAUGUAUCGUCGUCAUACGCCAUCAUUCAUUUUCACUUCACCACACGUCCUUUCACUUUCUUCGCGCCUUCCAACGGCUUCGAUGCUUCUAUCUGGAGACAGAGAUAUCCGCAAUGGUGGUUAUAGUUGAUCUGGAGGACGAUACACCGCCACCGGAACAUAUCCAUAGAGCGGCUCAGAAACCACUCCAUCAUUCGCUUGGCGCGGGGAUCAGCUUAGCUGAAAACAAACAGCACGACAGCGAGACAACAGCGGGAGGUCGGUCAAAUCCAAACGUCAAUGGAUUCUCUGCCGCCCUGAGCUGUUAUCCCGUAGUAAGGCAGCUUGCCAGCCAGCUGGACCUCAAUUCGUUGCACGAUCUAUCGCGGACAUGCAGACAGUUCCGUGCCAAUCUUCUUGAGUAUAGAGACCAACUGAUCAAGCAUACUUUGCUUUGCGAAAAUGAAAAGGCCGACGCUGGGGCACUGCUCGGGACUCGCAUUAUGGAGGCUCAUACCGGCUUUCGAUCGGCGCGUCAAUUGACCAGCGGUCGGUUUGGUAAAUGUGCGCGUGACAUGGUCGGUGAGUGCCAGCGGUGCGCCCAUGUCGUCUGUCGCAACUGCACCAUCAAACCGCCGGCAACACCUGUCUUACGGGCUCGCCAUCGCCGACUUUGCCGCACUUGUACAAAAGCUCCAUUACAUCUACUGACCUCCUUCAAACGGCAUCGUGCAUCUUCUACCGAUACAUGGUCACCACCUGGAUCACCCGGUCUCCGUUUCGAAGUUCUGGAUAUUGAAGAGCAUCGUGCAUUUACGACUCCCGCUUUUGAACGAACUCCUUGUGUAUGCGACUCCAUGGUGUGGCUGUGUCAAUCGUGUGGCUCCCAGUUUCGAAACGCUGACACUUCAUAUGUUCGGGCAUGGACCUGGAGAACGCGAUAUAGUCAUUACCUUGGCGGCGUUGGAACGGGCGCAGGAGAAGGGAAUGAAGGGGUAGAAUGUGGAAGAGGUUCUGAUUGCUUAGCAGGGAGGGUCGUUGAGCACGAGGUGGAUUGUCAUCAGAGCCUAGAGGCACCGCCACCAUCAUCGCCCGACCGAUGGACUGGCACCAGUUAUCAUGCGCAAGAGAUUGAGGGGAUCGGGAAUGUGAUCAAGAUGAAGGUAAAGAAACAGGUCCAUGUAGGACAGUGUGUCAAGAUCUAUGAAGAUGAGAGGGACAGAUCGAUCCAAUACCUUGAGCGAGAGGUCAGUGGGAAAUUGCGCAGCUGGUGCUCCUGGUGUGAGAGAGUGGUGCUUAGCGAAAAGGAUCGCGCAGAAGCUACAGGCAGAAGGCCUAGUUCGAGUGGACCCAGUUCCCCAUCCUCGAUCAGAUGA